GCGCAGUACCCCCAAAUCAUCGCGGGAUGCCAGCAGGCUUUGGUGGCCAACCAAAGCCACCGCAACAAUCCGCACGAUCCGCUUCGAAUCGGUUACCUAAUGGAACAAUGGGUGAGAACGAUACUUUCAAAGGCUGCCAAUGCCCCACUGGAUCCUUUGGGCGCUUUGGUGGGGAGCAGUAUACUGAUUGUGGCAUUUGACACAGCUGGCAACGGAUCAGGGUGGGCGUUUGCAGGCGUUCCGAUGGCAAGCGGUGGCCUGCAAAACCCUUCCAGGCAACUGGGCGGCAACGUUAGUUUUGCGCAAAGCUUAAGCGGGUCGCAACCGGCGACACCACUUGACCUUUCUGAAUUCCCCUCCCUGUCCGGUAACUCGCAACUUUCGAAUCAAUCACAAUCAUCGAUGUGGUCAACUGGUGGAGCGAGGAAUCUGGGCGGCCCGGCUCCUAUACAGCGCAACCAGCCUACGCCUCUAUCUCAACAACAGAAUCAACAAGAAGACAUGUACACGCCGCCCUCACGGCUGCCAACUGACCAAGGAUCAUUUCGCUUUGGCAACCAGGCCAGCAUUGGUCAGACGGUGCAAUCGCAACAGAAUGCGGUCGACGACUUCCCCCCACUUAACAGGAACCCCAAUGGGGAGAUUGGUCGUGAGCGUGGCGGCCCAAGUCUCAUGUCCAGCCUGGGAUUUGCCCCACCCAGCGGCAAUGGCACGGCCUCGGCGCAGCAACCCAGCAGAGCUGCGAACGGUCUCUUGAAUGCCCUCUCAGCAAACAGCAGGGCGUCGGAGACUCGAUCCCCAGCUGAUGCAAGAGAUGAAGAUUCUCGGCAAAAGGGACUGGCCUCGCAGAAGUCGCCGUUAGAUGGACUGGCAAACCAAAGCGAGGGCAGGCAUCCAGGGACGAUUGGAAACAGCGCACUCUCGGGCAAGGCCAAGGCUGAGGAGCAGGUACCGUCUGUACCAGUACAAGACCCAUUGGCAGGAAUGCCCGAGAGUGACAAAUGGGGUAUAAAAGGUCUUCGGUUUUUGAUGAAUGGAUUCCCCGACUACAACGCCUUAGUUUCGGGUAUCGACUACACCAACAUGGGACUGGAACAAGCCCUGCGCAGCCCAGAGCCGAUAUCAGAACAAAUCUACUCAGCGUUUGAUGACACGCCGCCGAGGCCCGCGAUUCCUAAGUUCCGGUUGCCAGAGUGCUACAAAGUCAACAAUGUCCAGCCUAUCGAGAAUAAGAUUCAAGGCUUCAACGAGGAGACGUUAAUGUGGAUAUUCUACUCGUGCCCGGGAGACCGUCAACAGCAACUGGCGGCUCUUGAGCUCAACAAUCGCAACUGGCGAUGGCACAAGAAGUUGCAAGUAUGGUUGACCAAGGACGAACAUAUGAUGCCUCAAGUAAUCAGCCCAAACCACGAACGCGGUUACUACCUCGUUUGGGAUACGACACAAUGGCGUAAAGACAGGCACGUGUCGAAAUCGGCCCUUCUCCAUAGCAGCCGUUUGGGGCCGCGAACGACGAAUCGUAGUCCCAGUCGUCAAGAAGCCACGCGACAAAACAGCAUCCCGAGUAUCCUGGCUUCCUCUUUGACUCCGCAGAUCACCUCCCUUUUUUUUCUUUUCCUUUCCUUUGUUCCGGCUACCAUGGCGAACGAUGAGAUCAACGUGCCGUCGCUGGUUCUGGUGCUAGUGGUCUCGGGCCUCAUCAUCCGAUACCUGUUCUUUUCGGCACCCGUGGACGGUACUGUAACGGACGCCAGCGGAAGCGGGAGGGCAGCCGCUGGUCGGGGAGGCGACCUCAGGACGCGCGAGGCCGCCGUAGAGAGGAUACAGCAGAUGUUCCCGCAGGUCGACCGGCGGAUGAUCCUGUGGGACCUGCAGCGGACGGGAGGGAACCUGACCGCUACCACGGACAGGAUACUCGCCGGGAGACUAGAGACGCCCCCGGUUACGUUCCAACCGCCGCCGCCGCCGCCAAGCGCCACGGCCGCAUCGACUACGGGUUCCUCCGCGACAGCCGCCGCCAGAGCCGCCGAUAAGCCCGCCCAACCUGACCUGAUUACAAGAUACAAGCUGCAUGACAAGCUUGAAAGCGCCUCGACGACGGAGGAGGACAAGAGCGGCAAGGGUGGGAAGGCGUGGAGCACAAGCCGAGAUGAGAGGCAGGCGCUGUUGCAGAGGAGGAGAGACGAGAUGAUCCUGGCAGCCAGGAGGAAGAUGGAGGCUAAGAUUGCUGCGGAGAAGGCGGCUGCUUCGGCUGGUGGCGCCGGCAGCUCCUAG